CAAGAGGGCGCUAUUUAACUUUGUUUUGAGGAUUUUUGUAGUGGAAGUCUCUUUGAAACUUGACAGAUGUUAAUUUCGGAAGGUUUUAUUUUGAAGGUUUUGUCAAUUUUACACCAUCCUGCCUUCACUAAGGAAAAUGGCUGGAGGACGGAGAGGUCCUGGUAGGCCACAGCUUAGCCGGACAGCCCCGCCUCCUCCGAUGCACGCCACAAAUGUGCUGGGAAACUCGGCGCAAACGACGACCAUUCGACACAGGAAUGGGCCCGGUGCCAUGCCAACCAGCACCCCUCUGGCCACCCUGAUCACCAUCACUCCCAUCCACCACCCUGUCAUCCCAGCCCUGCCCGUAGAGGGCAACCUGACCUUUGAGGUCACCGUAGUGCUGUACCUGUUGACCGUGCUCUUCCUGCAGUAUGUGAACAUCUACAAGACCGUCUGGUGGCUGCCCAUGUCCCCAUCCCUGACAGCCGUGAAUCUGUACUUGAUUGACCCAUACCUGGUGAUGUUCAUCAUCAUCGUCCUGACAAGACGCCUCGUCUGGAGCUUCAUUGUAGAGGUUGCCAAGGAUGCCAAGGUCUUCUCAGUCCUGUUCUACCUGGUGAAGUCCAUCAAGUUCAUUCUCGCCAUCAGCGUCCUGGGAUUGGCUGUCUGGUCUCUAUGGAAACUGUUCCUUAGCAACUCGCCACUCAAUCUGUUCUUCCUAGCAUACCCUCUGGUGUCAUACUUCCUGCUUUAUGGCUUGACGUUUGACCUGAACAAGUCGGUCUUUGCCACGGUCGUCAACAAGCUCUGGCCAAAGGGCGAGGCUCCCUCCCCCCUCGAUAAGUCCGUCUCCGCCUCCCCAUUGUCCUCGCCCUCACUCGGCUGCGCCCAUGAGUCAUCCACCGAGCACAAGUGCACCCACGUGCCCAUGGAGGUCCGCAAGGAAGCAGACGUCCUCAAGUACGACUUCAACACCCGCAUGAAGAGCGUGCUCUUCAAUUCCAUGGUCUGCGCCUACUAUGUAGGCUUUGUGCCCAUCUGUUUUCUACAACCAUCCAUGUAUCUGGACCUGUGGUGGGCGUGUCUGAUGAUCGCCUUCGUCUGGAUCAACUCCUUCAUCAUGUUCAGCUCCCACUUCUUGCCAGCAUACUACUGCGACACGCUCCACCGCUGCUCCCUGCACUUGGGCAAGUGGCAGAAGGUGGACCACGGGUACAGCAACACCCCACAACACUUAUGGUCUGACGCAACUGUCUGGCCUCAAGGGGUUUUAGUGAGGUACAACAAGGGACUUUACAAGGCAAUGGGACAGCAGAACGUGGCUCUUCCAUCAGACGGCUCCUAUGCCAGAUUCUACUUCAUGUUCCACGAACCGCUGCGGGUCCUGAAUGGCCUUCUCUGCCUACAGGUCGGGGUGAUUCUGUUCCAGCUGUACCUGCUGGCCAUGCACACCCACUGGAACCACGUCAUCUCCCUCUCCUUACUCCUAUUCUGCAACUACUAUGUCCUCUUCAAGCUGCUGCGGGAUCGCAUCAUCUUGGGUAGGGCUUACCAUGUCAAGGAACAAGAGGUGGAAUAGUAGGAGGGGAACAUAUAAACUACCCCAUUGGGCCCCCUCAUAUUCCCAUACCUUUAUUUUGCUAUGUCGCAUCUGAAAUGUAUUUAUGGAAGAGUGUUGUAGUCAAGUACAUUUUCACGAGAAUGAGUACCUUUGCUUGAGUACGAGUAAAUCAUUGUGAGUAUGAGAAUGAGUAUUUCAACGUAUGAGUGCGCAUACUUUACUGUGAGUAUGACUGCCCUGGCUUCACAGUGAGCAUGAGUACUUCAUCAUGAGCAUGAGUACUUGUACUCCACUGUGAGUAUGCGCAUAAGUACUUCACAGUGAGCAUGAGUAUGAGUACUUCACAGUGAGCAUGAGUGUGAGUACUUCAAUAUGAGCGUGAGUAUAUGUACUCCACUGUGAGUAUGCGCAUAAGUACUUCACAGUGAGCAUGAGUAUGAGUACUUCACAGUGAGCAUGAGUAUGAGUACUUCAAUAUGAACAUGAGUAUAUGUAGUCCACAGUGAGUAUGCGCAUAAGUACUUCACAGUGACCAUGAGUAUGAGUACUUCACAAUGAGUAUGAGUACUUCAAUAUGAGCGUGAGUAUGUGAGUAUGCGCAUAAGUACUUCACAGUGACCAUGAGUAUGAGUACUUCCAUGUGAGUAUGAGUACAUGUACUUCAAAGCGAGUAUGCCUGCAAGUACUUAGUGGUGAGUAUGAGUAUAAGUACCUCAUUGUGAUUAUGAGUAAGUGAACUUUUUUAAUGUGAGUACAAAAGCAUUGAGCAUGUGUACGACGACAACAUUGUAUGGACUCUGCAUCACCUCUGUCACCUCUUUCCCUGCUUUCUUCUCAAAAAUAGUUACAUCCCCGGGUUGUUAAAACAUCCAUUUUUCUUGUAACAUGCUUGUACAUUGCCUGUCAGUAUUAUUCUGCUUCAAAAGCGCCUUGGUUCGUCCAGGUUAAUUUUUCCAGUCGUGAAAUUUCUUCUCAUCAUCUGCCUUUUCUUUUCAAAAUGGUGAGGCAGUUUUUCUUAUUGUUAUGAGCAAAUUUAAUAGACGCCAUUGUGGGAGCCAUGUAUAAAAUAGGGACAGAACUCUUUUUUGUAGAUUUUCAUGAGAGUGGAUUGCUGGAAAAGAUGAAGGUUUUAAGGGCACAGACAAUGCGUUUGUUGAAUAUGUAUGAGCUUAAUUAAAUGUAUUGAAGGAAUAUUCCAGUUUAUGAAUAUUCAUUAAAAUGACAGAUAUUGAAUAUUUACCUUUGUGAUGUGUUUUAAAACUUCAUUGAAGUUUAUUCUUGCAAAUUCACAGAAAUGACAUGACUUUUUUUCCUCCUGGUUUGAAAGGGGAUGACUUUUGUCGUAAAAACAUGUGAUUUAUGGAACAAAAUGUGACAAGCUCGCUCCUGCAUGGGUUAAGCCUCUUUAUGUAGGAACUGAUUAAAAGUUCCUUUUUUUUUUCAAUUGGGGUUAUCUCGAUAGGUACCAACAUCCACAACAUACAGUGGAUGUGACUGGUCUUGGUAAUACGCCACCCUUAUUGCUGAGCCUCUGAGGCUGUGGUGAGGAUUCAUACCAGAACCUCCAGGAAGUCGAUUGCAUUUCAUUACUGCCUUGAUACCGAGUUUUACUUGGCAGUGUCACAUUCACUUUGUGUGCAUAUUUGUGUGAAGAAUGUUCCUGGUCUUAUUUCCAGCCUGAAAGAUUUUACCCCACGGAGGAAAAGAGAAAGGCAGUAACUUUACUUGAAAGUUAAGAUUCCUUGGAGUUUUGCACUCUCUGUAAAGAGUCGUAAGGAGACUUCCAAGACCUUUAAUGGAAGCUUAGAAACACAUCCAAGGGGGAAAAAGACAUCAGAUCACCCAGCAAUUGUAUCAUUUCAGUCUUAGCUAAAUGACAUUAUUUUGAAUUUCUUGAUUUAUUUUUAUAAAGUUUAAGAUCUUAUUGGCAAUGUUUUCAUUUUGAAUACUUCCAGAGGAACUUAUGCAGCUAAUUCCGUUUUGAAUUUGGAUUCCUUGUCUGUAUCAAGUUUUCCAGUCUUAAUGAUUUGCUUGACUCAAACACAGCCCUCUUCCACAGCCAGAUACUUGAGGUACUCUGCCCAAUUUAUCUUGUUUUGAUUAAUUGCAGAAUUCAAGCAGAUUGUAAAAAUGACAGUGGCAAAUGUAGAUUGGAUGUGAUUAAGGUCACAUCUAAGUUGUCUGCCUUACGCUGCCGUGUGUGCAUUGUUGACACAGGUAGAUUUCAAAAGGCAGAGGUAGUAAAGAAAAACUAAAUACAAUAUUUUAUAAUCAAAGCAUUAAUGGCUUCCAAGCCCCAACAAACAACCCAUUCAACAGACAGUCAUGCCAAACCAACCCAGAAAAUUAAUCUGAACGUCUGUGAAGUUCACAUAUGCUUUUGGCUUCCUUAACAAUGUCAGGUGUUCGUAUUAUGGCCAAAGUAGGUGAAAGAUGUAGUUUCAGACCACCCAAAUACAAGUUGCCAGGCUUUUAGAUAAUGUAGAAAUUAUGAAGCCCAGCCAAAUGCCGUGGGUGAAAAGCGUUGUAGUUAUAUUUAUUAAAAGAUUGUUACUUCCAUGCAGAGUAAA